GCUGAGUCAACAACUCGCUUUCCCCAACGUCCUGAGGAAACAGAAUUAUAGGCCUUCAGGUCUACCCUUCCACUGAAGCACAGGACAGAUGCCUUUUGCAUUUCCUGGGUUCAAGAGCAAGGUAGCUGUUGACCAACGACAUGAGGCUGUGGUUGAGAGGCCUGGUCCUCCAGGCACUGAGGAACUUCAGGGGAGUCUGUGGGGUUCAUGGGCCGCCACCACCUGUACCUGCCCCUCAGAUUAUGGCCACCUGGGAAGCCAUCAACCUGGGGAAGAAGCCGGUGCCUGAGUACUUCAACUUUGCCCAUGAUGUGCUAGAUGUGUGGAGUCAACUGGAAAAGGAUGGGCACCGGCCCCUGAAUCCUGCAUUCUGGUGGGUGGAUGGCACAGGAGCAGAGGUCAAAUGGAGCUUUGAGGAGCUGGGGGAACAGUCCAGGAAGGCCGCCAAUGUUCUGGGGGGUGCGUGUGGCCUGCAACCUGGGGACAGAAUGAUGUUGGUGCUCCCAAGACUCCCAGAAUGGUGGCUGAUCAGCGUGGCUUGCAUGAGGACAGGUGUUGUCAUGAUUCCGGGUGUCACCCAGCUGACAGAGAAGGACCUCAAGUACCGACUACAGAUAUCCAGGGCCAAGUCCAUCAUCACCACCAACUCCCUAGCUCCACAUGUGGAUGCCAUUAGUGCAGACUGCCCCUCACUCCAAACCAAGCUGCUGGUGUCAGACAGUAGUCGUCCAGGCUGGAUGAACUUCAAGGAACUCCUGCGAGAAGCAUCUACAGGGCACAACUGUGUGAGGACCAAGAGUCGAGAUACACUGGCCAUCUAUUUCACCAGUGGGACGACGGGGAACCCCAAGAUGGUUGAGCACUCCCAGAGCAGCUACGGACUGGGUUUUGUGGCCAGUGGAAGGAGGUGGGUGGCCUUGACUGAAUCGGACAUCUUCUGGAACACGACUGACACUGGUUGGGUGAAGGCAGCCUGGACUCUCUUCUCUGCCUGGGCCAAUGGAGCUUGUAUUUUUGUGCAUGAAUUGCCCCAAGUUGGUGCCAAAGUUAUCCUGAAUACUCUCACCAAGUUCCCGGUAACCACACUCUGCUCUGUCCCAACCAUCUUUCGGCUGCUUGUGCAGGAGGAUCUGACUAGAUACAGCUUUCAAAGCCUGCGUCACUGUUUGACGGGAGGAGAAGCCCUAAACCCUGAUGUGAGGGAGAAGUGGAAGAGCCAGACAGGCCUGGAGCUACACGAAGGCUAUGGACAGUCUGAAACGGUUCUAAUCUGUGCCAAUCUAAGAGGUAUGAUGAUCAAGUCUGGAUCCAUGGGGAAAGCAUCACCACCUUACGAUGUCCAGAUUGUGGAUGAUGAGGGCAAAGUUCUACCUCCAGGAGAAGAGGGGAGUGUCGGUGUCCGUGUGAGACCCACCCGACCCUUCUGUUUCUUCAAUUGCUAUUUGGAGAAUCCUGAGAAGACAGCCGCAUCAGAACGAGGAGAUUUUUACCUCACAGGGGACCGAGCCCGCAUGGACAAGGAUGGCUACUUUUGGUUCAUGGGGAGAAGUGAUGAUGUAAUCAAUUCUUCAAGUUACCGGAUCGGGCCUGUUGAGGUGGAAAGUGCACUUGCUGAGCAUCCAGCUGUCCUUGAAUCUGCUGUGGUCAGCAGCCCAGAUCCCAUCCGGGGGGAGGUGGUGAAGGCAUUUGUAGUCCUUAGUCCAGCCUACUCCUCUCAUGACCCAGAGGCAUUGAUCCGGGAACUCCAGGACCACGUGAAGAGGAUGACUGCCCCAUACAAGUACCCCAGGAAGGUGGCUUUUGUUUCAGAACUGCCAAAGACUGUUUCUGGAAAGAUCCAAAGGAGUAAAUUGAGAAACCAAGAGUGGGGGAGAUGAGGUGCAAACCCAGGAAAAUCCCCUAGUCCUCUGAAGAUUCUGAGAGGAAGUGAUGAGAUUGCUGGCCAGCCCCUGCUUGGCCCAUAGGCAUCAAAGAAGCUCAGCUUGCAAAUGGCCAUCUCCAGCAUCGUUGGAUGAUCCAGGAAAAGAACAGAAGUGCAUCUCUGACCCAGAGUGUGGGAGACUGAGGCAGUGGAAGGAGGCCUUGACAUGAGCACCACUAUGUCAAGGGCCUCUUGGCUGAUAGGCAUGGACCCAGCCAAGGGGAGGCAAGGUUCAACAAGGCUGCUUUGCAAGAGAAAUAGGACAUGCUGAACUGGUCAGGACAUGCACAGCUGCUCUGUUCCUGCCACCUACGCAACUGGACCCAUAAGAACUCGACCUGUAUUUCACCCCACUUUCUCAUACAUGCUGUAUAAAUAAAUGUGCUUGGAGGUAGAGAGGGUUGCCAGCAUCUCUCAUGAGGAGUGUAGACCCACCUGAU